AUGCACGUUCUUCUUCUCGGUGGCCAUGGCAAAGUCGCCCUAUACCUAACCCCACUCCUCCUCAACCGUUCCUGGAGUGUCACCAGCGUCGUGCGCAACCCCGACCACGAGAGCGAGAUCCUAGAUCUCGGCAAGGGUCGCAAGGGCAAGCUUAGUGUCUUGAUCUCCAGUCUGGAGAACGUUAAAAGCGCCACGGAUGCCAAGAAGAUCCUCGACUCGACUAAGCCAGACUAUGUAGUUUGGUCGGCUGGAGCCGGCGGAAAAGGCGGCCCAGCUCGCACAAUAGCAAUUGACCAAGAAGCAGCCAAACACUUCAUUGAGGCUUCAUUCGCUUACCCAAGCGUCUCCAAAUUUUUAAUGGUCUCCUGGCUCGGCAGCCGUCGCAAACAACCAAGCUGGAUGACCGACGACGCCUGGGCAAGCGUCAUGGCCGCCAAAACCGAGAUUCUUCCCACUUACGCCGCAGCCAAGCUGGAGGCAGACGAGUACAUGACCGCUCUCGCCGCAAAGCGCAAGCAAGAAGACCCCCGCCCAUUCCAGGCUAUUAACCUGCGACCUGGUGGCCUGAAGGAUGAUCCUGCGACGAGGAAGGUGGACCUUGGCAUUACUGGUCAGGCUAAAGGCACCGUGACGAGGGAGGAUGUGGCUAUUGUUGCGGAUCAGUUGCUUGCUCGGGCUGAUGUUGAGGGGUGGAUUGAUCUUGUUAAUGGCAAUGUUGAAAUUGAGGAGGCCGUGGAGAAGGUUGCUGCUGAGAAGAUUGAUGCUGUUGCGGAAGAGGAUGUUGAUGAAAUGGUGAAGAGGUUUUUCCCUUGA